CCAGGGGAAACGAAGGGGCGGCGACCUGGCGGAUGCUGAGCACAGCGAUCCGAGGCCAAGCGAGGCAGCGUCGCCCUGGCUUAACCCUCCCUUCGCGUGACCUCCGCCGUCCUCCCCGCCCCUCGUCCUCCAGCUGAGCCUGCGGCCGGACGCCUGGCGCCCCUCUCCUAGCCUCCGCGCCCCGGCCACCUCCUCCUCCCCCGGAGCAUUUUCCUCCUCCUCCUUUUCGCCUCCCCCGCCUCUUCCGUUUCUCAAGAGAAAGGCUGUAGCCUCCUUCUCGGCUCCUCAUCCCCGGCUUAGGUGAGAGAAAGAAAGAGCACUGCUUCAAUCCUGCUGCUGAGUCUCUGUGGUCAGACUAGGCUGACAGCCCAGUGAGUGGGUGCUGAUUCCACCAGUAGCUGCCACUGAACAGCAAAGUUGAGAAAUGUCAGAGAUCCUCCGGGAACUGCUCCGCGUCUCAGAGAAAGCUGCCAACAUUGCCCGGGCUUGCAGGCAGCAGGAAGCCCUCUUCCAGCUGCUCAUUGAAGAAAAGAAAGAGGGAGAAAAGAACAAGAAGUUCACAGUUGAUUUUAAGACGCUGGCUGAUGUACUGGUGCAGGAAGUUAUAAAACAGAAUAUGGAAAACAAGUUUCCAGGCUUGGAAAAAAAUAUUUUUGGAGAAGAAUCUAAUGAGUUUACUAAUGAUUUGGGGGAAAAGAUUACCAUAAAACUGUGUUCAACAGAGGAAGAAACAGCACAACUUCUUAGCAAAGUCCUUAAUGGUAACAAGUCAGCAUCCGAAGCACUAGCCAAGGUUGUUCAUCAGGAUGUCGCCUUUGCUGACCCAGCUCUGGAUUCGAUAGUGAUCAACAUUCCACAGGACCUUAUAGGAAUUUGGGUGGAUCCCAUAGAUUCAACCUAUCAGUAUAUUAAAGGUUCUGCUGAUACUCAAUCCAACCAAGGAAUAUUCCCCUCUGGACUUCAGUGUGUCACUAUUUUAAUUGGUGUCUAUGACAUACAGACAGGGGUGCCUCUGAUGGGAGUCAUCAAUCAACCUUUUGUGUCACAAGACCUAAACACUCUCAGGUGGAAAGGACAGUGCUACUGGGGCCUUUCUUACAUGGGGACCAAUAUCCAUUCACUUGAGCAUGCCAUCUCUAAAAGAAAUGGCAGUGAAAAGCGGACUGAGAACUCCAGCCCUGAGUCAGAGUCCUCUGCUUUUUCGGCAGUCAUUAGUACCAGCGAGAAGGAGAGCAUCAAGGCUGCGCUAGCGCGCGUGUGCGGAGAAAGGAUCUUCCGGGCGGCUGGGGCUGGUUACAAGAGCCUUUGUGUUGUCCAAGGCCUCGUUGACAUUUACAUCUUUUCAGAAGACACCACGUUCAAGUGGGACUCUUGUGCUGCUCAUGCCAUCCUAAGGGCCAUGGGCGGGGGAAUGGUGGACAUGAAAGAAUGUUUAGAAAGGAAUCCAGACUGGGGGCUGGAUUUGCCACAGCUGCUGUACCACAGGGAAAACCAAGGCGCCGCUGGGGUGGAUCGCUGGGCCAACAAGGGAGGACUGAUCGCAUACAGAUCCAGGGAGCGGCUGGAGACGUUCCUGAGCCUCCUUGUCCAACACCUGGCACCUUUGGAGACACAGGCGUAGAGGUCUCUGACCUCAAAAUACAUGUAAGCCAAACUGCAGCUGUUUCCCAUUAUCUCUAUCUUUUGAAGAUAGUUUUGUCCUAUUGAUGGCUAACAUUCACCUUCCUCUUUGGAGGAAUAUUUUUCCAUUAUGUGUUCAUAAUGUUAAUUUCAGUAAAUUAAUGACAUUCAUGCAGUAAAUUGAUGUAUGAUAUUCUUACAGUGAAUAUGAUGUUAAUGUUGCUUGAAACUUAUUCAAUAAAAUAUUGAAGAAAGGAAAAAAUCUUAUUCAAUUCAUAGAACUACUCUAAACAUCUAAGAACUGUCUAUAGAAGAACUGUCACUGAAAUAUUAGGGAGAAUACAGGAAGGGUUUCCAUGGGUUUUGUCUCCUGUCUUGAAGGGAAAAUCUGCAGUUUUAGCCUGUGUUGGAACAUCCAGAACUGAAUUUCCAUAAUGUACCCAAAUCCAUGUACUUUCAAUAGUAUUAUUGUUUCCCUUAAGAAGGAAAGGUUGGAGCACUGUGGACUCCCUCCCACCUGCUCAGAG